AUGAGUGGAGAAUUAGGCGUCUGUCUUCAAGGUGCCCACCCAGAACUUGUCGAAGGAACUAAGCAUGAUUCAAAUCUCGCGAAAGUGAUUCAUGAAGUUAACGUGAAAGUGGAAACAUAUCAACUUCAUCUCGAGGAUCACCCUCAGUUCAACCUCAGUUCACCGUCACCACCCCCUUGUUCAGCUGAAGCAGAUCAGCCGUCCUACAACAUGACAAGUGGUGUUUAUCUGGCGAGAGAAAAACGACAAGAAAGUCAGGUUGGAAAUUUCAUUGAAGGCGAAGAGCUUGGCACCGAGACAAGCCCUCGUUGCGGCAGUUGUCAAUGUGGUAAAUGUCCUAUCCUUGGACAUACGUACUCGUUCAAAGAAGAGCAAGAACUUAAAAUUAUUCGUGAGAAUCUAGAGUAUGAUGAUUCCAACCAGUGUUGGAUAACCAGUUAUCCUUGGAUCGUGGAUCCACGUAACCUACCUGAUAACUAUAAUGUCGCCUUAGCAACCCUGGAGAAGACAGAGCGUACUCUUCAAAAGGAUGAACUUUGGGCAAAUACGUACAAAGAGCAAAUGAAUGACAUGGUUCAUCGCAAAGUGGCACGUCCUCUCACGUCCUUGGAAAUCCAACAGUGGAAAGGUCCUAUUUUCUACAUAUCUCACUUGGCUGUGCUCAACCCCAAGUCAAAUUCGACGCCUGUUCGCAUCGUGUUUAACUCCAGUCAAGUCUACAAAGGAGUGUCUCUGAAUUCAUGUCUAGCAAAAGGACCUGAUUGUUAUAUGAAUAACCUGAUCGGAAUCCUGUUGCGUUGGCGAGAAGAAGCUGUGGCUUUGGUAGGUGACAUUAGGAAGAUGUUCAAUUCAGUCUACCUGAAAGAAUUGGAGAAACAUUGUCAUCGAUUUCUCUGGAGAGGACUUGAACUUGAUCGACCUCCUGACGUAUAUGUGAUGGAACGAGUCAAUAUGGGUGACACCCCUGCGCCAGCCAUAAGUACGGAAGCAAUCUACAAGACAGCUGACCGAUUCAAAGACGACAGCCCUGAAGCAGCAGAGCUGUUGAAGAAAUCGAGCUAUGUGGACGAUCUGAUUGACUCGCGUCCGACCGUAAGUUGUGUCCUCAAAGUCGCAGAAGAAGCAGAGAAUAUGCUUGCGAAAGGCGGGUUCUCGGUGAAAUGCUGGCAGCUGAGUGGAGAAGAAAGUCCUCGAAAGACGGCUCGUGGAGUCAAUACCGAGGAGUCUGGCAAACCCCUGAACAUGCUAAAAGGAACCGAGUCCAAUUUGCGAGUUAAACAGGAACCGAGUCAAAAGCAAGUGUCAGUUGUGCAAGCUUCGUAAUGCAAUAUUGGGAGAACAAGAAAUGGGACGGUUGCCAGAAGCACGACUCAAACCAGCACCCCCGUUCACCUACACCAUGGUAGAUUUAUUCGGUCCAUAUGUUGUUCGCGGUGAAGUCCAGAAACGUACCAGUGGAAAAGCGUAUGGGGUCAUUUUCACCGACUUGGUGUCCCGAGCGGUUCAUAUUGAAGCAGUUUACGGUUACGACACAAGCUCCUUUCUCCUGGCGCUCAGCCGAUUUGCAAGUAUUCGCGGAUGGCCUGAAUUCAUUUACAGUGAUCCUGGUUCACAGUUAAUCGGAGCAGAAAGAGAGCUUAAAGAAGCCUGGGAUAAGAUCGAUCGAAGCGAGUUACACAAGAGUGGUCUACAAAAUGGUCUAACGUGGAAAUUUGGAUCAGCAGAUAGUCCUUGGCAUCAAGGAGCAGUGGAGUCUCUUGUGAAAGCAGCCAAGAGAGCGAUUGUCUUUGCGGUUGGUAAACGUCGUCUUACGGUGCCCGAGUUCCUGACGGUGUGCUCUGAAGCUGCAAAUCUACUCAACGAAAGGCCAAUUGGAACAUUGCCUUCCCUCGAUUCUGAUCUAAACGUGUUUACUCCGAAUAAUCUUCUGUUAGGACGCUCGACAGCCAAGAAUCCUGGAGGAUGGCAACCUUUCACGUACAGCCAGAGUCCGAAGACGAGAUACAGCCUGGUGCAAACAGCCGUAGAAGAUUUCUGGGAAAAGUGGAUACAACUAUACGCCCCCUCUCUAGUUGUCCGUCGCAAAUGGCAUGUCAACACAAGGAAUUUACGUCCCGGUGACGUCGUUAUGAUCGCGGACAAAAAUGUGAUGCGAGGAGAAUACCGUCUCGGAGUUGUUAAAGAAGUCUUUCCUGAUCAGGAUGGAAAAGUCCGUCGAGUUCUGGUAACGUACAAGAACUUUCGUGUUGGAAACCGUCAGCAAGAUUAUGGAAUCAGUGAAGCUGUUACUGUUUCUCGAAGCGUUCAGCGUUUGGCACUACUUGUACCCGUGGAAACAGAAGAUGGAGACAAGGAAGAUGUUUGA